GACUACAGUGCCGAGUCCAUUCAGUCUGUGGCAGAUUCCUUAGCAAACUUAGCAAGGACAUUAUCAUUUGAUCCUAAUUAUCUCUCGCCGUUUGCAAAACAGGCAAGGAUGCAGGAGGGUAUUGAGGUAAUAGGAGGGAAACCUGAUGAUAUCACGGUGCUUGUAGCUAUUGUAUCCCUGGCACCUACCCCUGUCUAG